AUGGCAGCAGCAAUCUGUACACUUUCGCCAAUAUGGCCUAUGAUAAGAUUUACGAAGUCGGCUGCAAUUAUGAAGAGUGCCCCAACGGAAAUGACAUCAGAGCUUCGCUUAUUUGUAUCUACAAUAAAAAAGUUCCUGACUAUGCACCUCUGUACGAAGUGGGAGACAAGGACCCAGAUCAGGCGGGCUGUAACAAGGAUGAUAAGCGUCUGUCAGCAUCUGAACCUUCCAAAAGCCACAUGCGAUGACCUCCUCUGCAAACUACCCAACGUGGUUUCGAGUUUCCUCUGA